AGGUAUAAUUAACCUCUAUGUCAUUACACAUAACUACACAAAAUUUAUAGAAACAUUAAAUUAUAAUAAAAUAAUGGCAUCUUCUGAUCAUUCAAAGAAAAAUACACGGAGUCAAGGAGGCUCAGGGAAUAUUGAGUCCCAAAAUACUCAAACUUUCUCAGGUGGCAACACCCAAGGGGUGAAGUUUGCUAGGAGGACAUCGAGUGGUAGGUACGUCACCUUAUCGAGGGAAGACUUAGACAUGUCUGGAGAAUUUUCGGGGGAUUAUAUGAAUUACACAGUUCACAUUCCUCCUACACCGGAUCAUCAACCAAUGGAUACCUCCUCCACGGUGGCAGCUAAGGCUGAAGAACAGUAUGUUUCGAACUCGUUAUUCACAGGAGGAUUUAAUAGCGUAACAAGGGCUCAUCUUAUGGAUAAAGUCACAGAUUCUGACUCCAUUCAAGCUUAUAAUGUGGCUCGUGGGAAAGCGGGUUAUUGUCAAAUGCCUGUUUGUGAUGGGAUUGCUUUGAAAGAUGAUCGAGGGAAUCGGGUGUACCCUUGUGAAUGCAGAUUUUCAAUAUGUAAUGAUUGCUUUAUCGAUGCACAAAAGAGCAGUGGGGCAUGCCCAGGAUGUAAGGAGCCCUACAGACUAGGAGACUAUGAUGACGACACACCAGAUUUCGUUAGUGGAGCCCUUCCAUUACCAGAUCCAAACAAGGGAAAUGGAGAUCGUCGAAUGACAAGCCGAAACAAAGGUGGUGAAUUUGACCAUAAUAAGUGGUUGUUUAAUGAAACACAAGGGACUUAUGGCCAUGGAACAGCUUAUUGGCCUCCAGAGGAUUCAUAUGAUGGUAACGAUGAUGGUAUAAGUGGUGUUCUUGAAGCUGCUGAUAAGCCCUUUAAGCCUCUUAGUAGGGUUAUUCCUAUUCCUAGUGGUAUUAUUAGUCCUUACAGGUUACUAAUAUUGAUACGCUUAGUUUUUCUAUGCCUAUUUUUAGUAUGGCGUGUACAACAUCCUAAUGAGGAUGCCGUAUGGCUAUGGCUUAUAUCGAUAAUAUGCGAAAUAUGGUUUGCUAUUUCUUGGUUACUUGACAUCAUUCCUAAACUAUGUCCUAUUAACCGAUCCACUGACCUCAAUGCCCUUAAAGAAAAAUUUGAAUCACCAUCACCAUUGAAUCCUACUGGACGGUCUGACCUACCUGGUGUCGAUCUUUUUGUCUCGACAGCUGACCCGGAGAAAGAACCUCCGCUUGUGACGGCUAACACAAUCCUCUCAAUCUUAGCUGUUGAUUAUCCUGUUGAGAAGUUAGCAUGCUAUGUGUCCGAUGAUGGGGGUGCCCUCUUAACCUUUGAGGCAAUGGCUGAAGCAGCUAGCUUUGCGGAAUUAUGGGUCCCAUUUUGUAGAAAACAUGAUAUUGAACCUAGGAAUCCUGAGACGUAUUUUGCUUUGAAGGGUGAUCCGACUAAAAAUAAGUUGCAACCCGAUUUUGUUAAGGAUAGAAGGAAGAUUGAGCGAGAAUAUGAUGAAUUUAAGGUUCGGAUUAAUGGAUUACCAGAUUCCAUUAGAAGGCGAUCUGAUGCAUUCAAUGCGAGAGAGGAGAUGAAGAUGAUGAAACAGAUGAGGGAUAGUGGUACAGAUCGAGCUGAACCUCUUCGAGCACAAAAGGCAACUUGGAUGGCAGAUGGAACUCAUUGGCCUGGUACUUGGGUUUUCUCUGCUAGUGAUCAUAGUAGAGGUGACCAUGCAGGAAUCCUUCAGGUAAUGUUGAAGCCACCACCACCAGAUCCGAUCAUGGGGACACAGGACGAGGAGCAACUCAUUGACUACUCUUACACCGACGUACGUCUCCCUAUGUUUGUGUACGUGUCACGUGAAAAGCGGCCUGGCUAUGACCACAACAAGAAGGCCGGAGCCAUGAACGCAUUGGUGCGAUCAUCAGCCAUCCUCUCAAAUGGCCCUUUUAUUCUUAAUCUUGAUUGUGAUCACUACUUUUACAAUUGUAAGGCCAUUCGAGAAGGCAUGUGCUUCAUGCUUGAUCGAGGGGGUGAAGAUAUUUGUUACAUUCAGUUUCCUCAAAGAUUUGAAGGCAUUGAUCCUUCUGAUCGAUAUGCUAAUCGAAACAAUGUGUUCUUUGAUGGGAAUAUGCGUGCUCUCGAUGGUCUCCAGGGUCCGGUUUAUGUGGGAACGGGUACAAUGUUCAGGAGAUUUGCAUUAUAUGGGUUCUUCCCACCAAAUACAGAAAAGGAUGUAAACAAAGACAAAGAUAUAGAAACCCAAGCAUUGAAUACGUUAGAACUUGACACGGAACUGGAUGUGAAUCUACUGCCAAAGAGGUUUGGCAACUCGACAAUGCUGUCAGAAUCAAUACCCAUUGCAGAGUAUCAAGGGCGGCCAUUGGCUGAUCACCCUGCAGUUAAAUAUGGAAGGCCUCCUGGUGCUCUUCGAGUCCCUCGCGAGCCCCUUGACUCUAGUAUUGUAGCUGAAGCUGUCUCUGUAAUCUCUUGUUGGUAUGAAGACAAAACAGAAUGGGGAGACAGAGUUGGAUGGAUCUAUGGUUCAGUUACAGAAGAUGUAGUAACAGGCUAUAGGAUGCACAACCGUGGAUGGAGGUCAGUCUACUGCAUAACAAAACGAGAUGCCUUUCGUGGAUCUGCUCCAAUCAACCUGACUGAUCGGCUACACCAGGUACUACGAUGGGCUACAGGUUCUGUUGAAAUCUUUUUCUCAAGAAACAACGCCUUCUUAGCUACUCGCAACUUAAAGCUCCUACAAAGGAUGGCGUAUAUUAAUGUUGGAAUAUACCCUUUCACCUCUAUUUUUCUCAUCAUGUACUGUUUUCUUCCUGCACUCUCACUCUUCUCCGGCCAGUUUAUUGUGCAGACACUUAGUAUUACAUUCUUGUGUUACUUAUUAAUUAUGACCAUCUGUCUGAUAGCUUUGGCUAUUUUAGAGGUUAAAUGGUCAGGGAUUGAGUUAGAGGAAUGGUGGAGAAAUGAGCAGUUUUGGCUCAUUGGUGGAACUAGUUCUCAUCUUGCUGCUGUUGUUCAAGGGCUUCUAAAAGUAAUUGCAGGUAUUGAAAUUUCGUUCACAUUAACCUCAAAAUCAGCAUCAGAAGAUGAAGAUGAUGUAUUUGCGGAGCUUUACCUAGUAAAAUGGAGUUCAUUGAUGCUUCCACCAAUAGUGAUAGCAAUGGUAAACAUUAUAGCAAUAAUGUAUGGUUUUGCUAAGACCAUAUAUAGCACAACACCUUCAUGGAGCAAAUUUAUGGGUGGUGCAUUUUUUGCUUUUUGGGUGUUGGCUCAUUUGUACCCUUUUGCUAAAGGAUUGAUGGGCAGAAGAAGAAAAACUCCAACAAUUGUGUUUGUUUGGUCUGGAUUGAUUGCCAUCACAAUCUCUUUACUUUACAUUGCUAUUAAUCCUCCCUCUGGUUCAGGAGCCAGUGCAGCUUUUCAAUUCCCUUGA